AUGAACGGAUUAAAUUCAAAUUGGAAUUUAGAGAACGAUGCGAGUUUGCAGAAUGAACUAGAAUUGUUGCUGCUACAGCAGCAGAGUAAUAGUGAUUUAAUUCUUGAGAGGGGGAGAGAGUUAAAUAUAAAUAGGAGUGGCAGUGCACCGCCAACGGUAGAUGGCGCUUUAUGCACUGCUGGGAGUCUGUUUAAGAACCCCAAUUUUAUGCCACUUGACAAUAGAAGUAGCAGCAGUGCUAUUAGUGGUAACAAUGGCGUGUUGACAGAAGAAGAAAUCCGAUCGCUCCCUGCGUAUCUAGAGUACUAUUACUCACACGAGAAUCUCAAUCCUAGACUGCCCCCACCCUUGUUGUCAAAAGAGGAUUGGCGGGUUGCUCAAAGGGUGAGGGCAGCAGGAUCGGGAUUUAGGGGAGUUGAUGAUUGGAGGAAUAAAAAUCUGGUAGAUGAUGAUGGAAAAUCUUCAUUAUUCUCCAUGCAGCCUGGGUUAUCUGUACAAAAAGUGGAAAAUGAGUUGAUGGAAUUGAGAAAGGCUGCUUUAAGGAAUCUUUCACGGAAAAAUUCUUAUGAGUAUCUGCACAAAGCCUCCACUGACACCACAAGUACAGGAAUGGGAGUCAGGACGAAGAGUUUCGCAGACAUACUUCAGGAAGGUCUUGGCCAACCUGCGACAUCAUCAGGUCAUCUCUCACGCUCUGCUAGCCAUGAUUCAAUUGGUGAAGUUUUGGGUUCAACAGGAAUGUCACAAGAAGGGCUUGGACAACCAUUGACAUCAUCAGGUCGUCUAUCUCGACCUGCUAGCCAUGAUUCAUUAAAUGCGGUUUUGGUUGCAGUGGGAAUAUCACAGGAAGGGCUUGGCCAACAGAUGACAUCAUCAGGUCGUCUCUCACGCCCUGCUAGCCAUGAUUCAAUUUCUGCUGUUUUGGGUUCAAUGCGAAUCUCUAGCACUCACUUAGCACAAAUACGGAAUAGAGCCAAAUCCAUUGAAGCUAUGCAUACGGAAAAUGCUUUUACAGGUUUUUCUAGUACUCAGAGCCUUGGAUUGGCAUUCCCUAAUUCUUCUGUGUCUUCUUUGGGUUCAUCUCUGUCAAGGAGUAGGACUCCUGAGUCUCACCUUGUUGGGAUGUCCACCGGUCCUCGUCUUGUUAAUGUUGGUAAUGGAGUUUGCCUGGAUGAUAAGAUAAAUAGUUCAGCCUCUGACACUCUUAAUGUUUCUUCCUCCGGCAUUAAUGAGAUAGCUGAUAUCGCUGCUUCUCUUUCUGGAUUAAGCAUAUUGAAAGGUCAAGAUCUUACCCAAAAUAAUAUUAUAAACUCUUCGAUUCAAACAGGAAUGUCAAAUGGUCAAAGAGAGAAUCAGCACCAGCAAUAUUUUGGCAAGUCUACAGUUGAAAAGUUGGCAAAUGGCGUCAUCUAUGCUGAUUUAACAAGGGAUAGUGAAUCAAUGAGAGGCCUUAAUAUUUCCCACUCACGUUUGGAUGGGCAAGUUAACUUGCCAACACGAGCAUCUUCUUUUACCAAUCUUCAGUCUCAACUUAAUCCUUCUGAGUAUGCAAUCAAAGAAGAUCGGAACAUCCAACAUCAAGGCCAUAAUUACCCUGUUAUGGUUAUUUCUGGUCGAGGACAUAAUGGAUGUUCGGCUAAUCAUAAACCAGACAUGAUGAUCAAUAAUCGUCUUGCUGCAGGUUCAGUUUUGAAUGGUACUACUGGAAAUAGACAGAGUUCAGAAAGUAGCAACCAGACUAAUUAUGGCCUUCACCAUCCCCUUAUGGAUCCACAUCAAAUUCUUAAUAUGCAGAAAAUGUCCAAUUAUGAAAGGAAUGCUGCAUAUAUUUCUGUAAGUUCUUCUCAUGGAAGAUAUUAUGGUGGUGGUCCCCAUGGCCGUGAAGAUUUGCAACCUUUAGAGAAAGCCUAUCUUGAGGCAUUGCUUUUGCAACAGAAACGACAAUAUCUGUCGCACUUUUUACACAGAUCUGACAGUAUUAAUGAUCAGUACCAUGGGAACCCCGAAUUGGACGCAUGUGCUGUGCCAUAUCAGGGAAACCCAAUGACGAAUUAUGUACAUUCAACAAUCAGUUCCAGGAGUCCUAUGUUUAGUAAUGGGCAACAGUCACCUAUUCAGUCAUUUUUGAGAAAUUCAGAGGGAGUGUCCACUGGUUCUCUGCAUUCAGAAACCGAAAAUAACAUGGAAGGAAGGUUUGAGUCACUAUUAGAGGCCUUUAAGAACAAUAAGACCAGAUCUUUGGAACUUUCAGAUGUUCUUAGUCAUUUUACUGAGUUCAGUUCUUUGAAGGAAGCACAGAAUGAAACUAAUCCUAUUUUGAUUACUAAAAUUAGGCUUCCUUUCCCAUUUCUUAAACUCAGUUUGAUCCCCGAUAUUCGGAGCUUUUUUAUGGAAGGACUUGGCCAACCUGUGACAUCAUCAGGUCGUCUCUCACGCCCUGCUAGCCAUGAUUCAAUUUCUGCUGUUUUGGGUUCAAUGCGAAUCUCUAGCACUCACUUAGCACAAAUACGGAAUAGAGCCAAAUCCAUUGAAGCUAUGCAUACGGAAAAUGCUUUUACAGGUUUUUCUAGUACUCAGAGCCUUGGAUUGGCAUUCCCUAAUUCUUCUGUGUCUUCUUUGGGUUCAUCUCUGUCAAGGAGUAGGACUCCUGAGUCUCACCUUGUUGGGAUGUCCACCGGUCCUCGUCUUGUUAAUGUUGGUAAUGGAGUUUGCCUUGAUGAUAAGAUAAAUAGUUCAGCCUCUGACACUCUUAAUGUUUCUUCCUCCGGCAUUAAUGAGAUAGCUGAUAUCGCUGCUUCUCUUUCUGGAUUAAGCAUAUUGAAAGGUCAAGAUCUUACCCAAAAUAAUAUUAUAAACUCUUCGAUUCAAACAGGAAUGUCAAAUGGUCAAAGAGAGAAUCAGCACCAGCAAUAUUUUGGCAAGUCUACAGUUGAAAAGUUGGCAAAUGGCGUCAUCUAUGCUGAUUUAACAAGGGAUAGUGAAUCAAUGAGAGGCCUUAAUAUUUCCCACUCACGUUUGGAUGGGCAAGUUAACUUGCCAACACGAGCAUCUUCUUUUACCAAUCUUCAGUCUCAACUUAAUCCUUCUGAGUAUGCAAUCAAAGAAGAUCGGAACAUCCAACAUCAAGGCCAUAAUUACCCUGUUAUGGUUAUUUCUGGUCGAGGACAUAAUGGAUGUUCGGCUAAUCAUAAACCAGACAUGAUGAUCAAUAAUCGUCUUGCUGCAGGUUCAGUUUUGAAUGGUACUACUGGAAAUAGACAGAGUUCAGAAAGUAGCAACCAGACUAAUUAUGGCCUUCACCAUCCCCUUAUGGAUCCACAUCAAAUUCUUAAUAUGCAGAAAAUGUCCAAUUAUGAAAGGAAUGCUGCAUAUAUUUCUGUAAGUUCUUCUCAAGGAAGAUAUUAUGGUGGUGGUCCCCAUGGCCGUGAAGAUUUGCAACCUUUAGAGAAAGCCUAUCUUGAGGCAUUGCUUUUGCAACAGAAACGACAAUAUCUGUCGCACUUUUUACACGGAUCUGACAGUAUUAAUGAUCAGUACCAUGGGAACCCCGAAUUGGACGCAUGUGCUGUGCCAUAUCAGGGAAACCCAAUGACGAAUUAUGUACAUUCAACAAUCAGUUCCAGGAGUCCUAUGUUUAGUAAUGGGCAACAGUCACCUAUUCAGUCAUUUUUGAGAAAUUCAGAGGGAGUGUCCACUGGUUCUCUGCAUUCAGAAACCGAAAAUAACAUGGAAGGAAGGUUUGAGUCACUAUUAGAGGCCUUUAAGAACAAUAAGACCAGAUCUUUGGAACUUUCAGAUGUUCUUAGUCAUUUUACUGAGUUCAGUAUGGAUCAGUAUGGAAGUCGCUUCAUUCAGCAGAAACUAGGUAUUGCUACUGUUGAAGAAAAGAUGAAGAUAUUCCCAGAGAUUAUCCCUCAUGCUCUUAGCUUGAUGACUGACGUAUUUGGGAAUUAUGUCAUACAGAAGUUCUUUGAGCAUGGAACUGAAAGUCAACAGAAGGAAUUAGCCAGCCAAUUGAUUGGUCAGAUUUUGCCUCUUAGUCUACAGAUGUAUGGUUGCAGAGUAAUCCAAAAGGCCUUGGAAGUAGUUGAUGUGGAGCUGCAGACUAAAAUGGUAGUUGAACUUGAUGGUUCAGUGCUGAAAUGUGUCCGUGAUCAGAAUGGUAAUCAUGUAAUUCAGAAGUCCAUUGAGUGUGUCCCUCAAGAUCGAAUCCAAUUUAUAAUGUCAUCAUUCAUGGGGCAAGUCGUGACAUUAUCGAUGCAUCCAUAUGGCUGUCGUGUCAUUCAGAGGGUCCUUGAGCACUGUGAUGAUCCUAAAACUCAACAAAUGAUCAUGGAUGAAAUUAUGAACUCUGUUUGUAUCCUAGCACAAGAUCAGUAUGGGAAUUAUGUCAUUCAGCAUGUCUUGCAGCAUGGUAAACAACCCGAACGGUCUGCUAUUAUUCUCAAGCUUGCAGGACAAAUCGUGAAGAUGAGUCAGCAAAAAUUUGCUUCCAAUGUGGUUGAGAAGUGCUUGACUUUUGGUGGUCCAGAGGAGCGUAAACUCUUGGUGAGUGAGAUGCUGGGUUCUACAGAUGAAAAUGAGCCUCUACAGGCUAUGAUGAAAGAUCAAUUUGGAAACUACGUCGUGCAGAAGGUUCUUGAGACAUGUGAUGAUCGGAGCCGUGAAUUGAUUCUCUCUCGUAUCAAGGUUCACUUGAAUGCACUUAAGAGGUACACUUAUGCAAAACACAUUGUAUCGCGUGUUGAAAAGCUUGUAUCAAUGGAAGAGAAGCACAUAGGGCUAUCCUCAUCACAUCCCUGUUGA